AUGUUUUAAAAUUAUUAAAAGGAAAAAGAAAUUCAUAAAGAAUUGUGUGGUUAUUAUAUUUAAGGGGGAAGAAAUAUUAAUUUAUAUAAAUAUUUUAUCUCCAAAGAUUUAAUAAUUAAUAUAAAUUUCUAAUUUCCUCAAAAUUUCUAUGGAUAAAAACAAAUCAAAAUAUACUAUUCCGUCUUUCAUUAUAAAAUUGUAUGCAAUUUUGGAAGAUUUAGUAAAGAUUAAUAUUAAUAGAAAGAAAAAUUUGCCAAUUAUCGCCUGGGCACCAUAAGGAGAUGCAUUUAUUGUUCUAAAUCCUGAAUUGUUGGAACAAAAAAUAUUGCCUUAACAUUUUAAACAUAAUCACUUUACUUCUUUCUUAAGACAGUUGAAUAUGUAUGAUUUUUAGAAGAUUCGAAAUCAGAAUAAUUAGUAAGUAUUUUGGCAUCAAAAUUUUUUAAAAGGAAAAGAGUAAUAUUAAUUUAUAAAUUAGACAUCUAUUAGUUUUACUAAAAAGAAGCUAGAAUAAAAUGUAAUAAAAACAAAAGUUGAAUCAUUAAUGUUUUUAAAGAUUCUUAAUAGAUGAGAUAACUUCAAUAAAAUAAAAUUUAAAUUAAGACGAAUAAUAAUUCACGCAUAUUAUUAACUAACAUGAGAUUAUACUAUAACAACACAAAUAAAUUUACUUAGAUUUAUAAUAACAGAGAGAAUAAAUGGAUGUCAAAUAUGAAAAAUUAACUGGAUAAGUUUAAGCUAUUAUUAGUUUAUAGAAAAUAGAUUCUACUAGCUAAUUCUUUGAAGGCUGUUCUUAAGAAGAAGAACAAUCAGAAUUUUUCUAUUCCUAAAAUCUCUGA